AUGGGCGGCAGGAAGGAUCGAGCAACAGGAGCGGCGAGGGUCGGCGGUGAUGAUAUGAGCGGCGAGGGCCCCGGUGGACUCUUGACGCAGACAGCCGUGUGUGACGGCGUGACGGCGCUAUUGAAACACACAGGCCCGCACAGAGGCACAGCGACGCUGCGUUGUAUUGCGAGAUGUGUGGAUGGCCGACGCGCAGCCAACGCCAGAAUCUACGCAGAGUCAGAACGACCGAACGACCAGAUCCGCCAGGGCCCGAGGAGUCUGCCUGCGGCCAUUGAGGGUAGAGGGAUCUUACCUUACCACCCCUACGAUCUUCCACGGUUCAACUCCAACGCUCUGCGAGCGAAGCAGUGUGGACACGCCGAGAUGCCCGCCCCCGAGAAGGCAAGAGAUAAUAUCGUCGUUCAGAUUCUGCUGGCGGGAUCUGCCCACUGGUCUGCUAAAAUGUUGGGUGGAGUACUUGAAGGAUGUGUGACCCUGCUGCUGCGCUUGAUUCUGAUUCUGUACCACCACCCUCACCCUCUUGCGGUAAUCUGGAGCUGCAAUCUGCAAUGCGCGGCGCAGGCACGCUCACGCUCACUCGGCGGGGGGCGCGUCGUGAGUGGUGCUGCGACGCCUGUGCGAAGCUGUAAGAAUGCAGUGAGCGAGCGCACGGCCGUCCUCAGCAUCGCAAUUUUAGCUAUUGCGUUUUGCAGGCGCUAUCUCAACGCUAAGCCCAUGGCCUGCUUGUCAGCAGCGUAUCACCCAGCCACUUCCAGCAUCUUCAUUCAUGCAGAAGACGCUACAACGUUUUACGCGCAUGCCAUGGCCACCGGGGUAAGCUCGCGACAUGCGUACACACACAUGCUUGCUGCUGCUGCACCGUGGCCGAAGGUCUGCCACAAUGCCCACGACACCCUUGCCUCACAAUCGAAUUCUCAACAGUCUAAUAAACAGCCUCGCGGGCAUCUCUCAUGGAUGCUCAACAAUAUUCUAGCGGGGCUUGCAAGCAGCAGAUCGCGUUAUCUGGUGCAUCGAGCUGCCUGCUCGCGCACGCAAAAUAUACAGUACCCAAUGCCGAGUGGACAAGUACCGGGGAUUGACGGCGCUGCAGAGCUCAUCCCAGCGCUUAGAUCCAAAAUCAUGCAGUACGACAUCAUAUGCAUUCGACUCGAGGUACGCCGCACGGAUACUUCUAUCAAUGGUUACCCCUCCGUACAUGAGCAAUGCGAUACCCGUCCGAAUUACAGGAAACAACUAACGGACGCUCCUCGGGAAGCGAACGAGUUGCAUGAGAGCCUCUCGUAUACCGCAGACUCAUCUCCCGAGCAAGCCCAUAUCUUGGAGGAGGGAUGUGUGCUGCGGCAGACGCGCGUGUCCAGCCAAUAA